AUGCAUGUUUCGUCUUUUUGUCGACAAUAUUCUGCUCCUAAUUCAAAUGCAAUAAACACGCCAAGGCGAAUGUCAAACAAUUAUCCAUUCAACGUUUCUUUAAAUCAAAAGAUGGUUCGUUCGUGCGAAAGCCGUGACAUUCUCGAUUCGGGAUCGAUGCUGGUUGAGAAGAUGCUUGAUGUUGAAGAGAUUGACACCGAUAUUGCUGACGAGGUGGAUAUCGUAGAUAGUGGAGAAGGAGAGCUUUCCCCGUCGGGUGGGCUUAACGAGUGGUCACUCAAUCAGUUGCCAAACAGUGGCAUGCACAUCAACGGGGGGCGAUACUCUGACUCUGCAGCCGUUUCUCCAAACAAUAAUGGCUGUCUUGAUCCAGACCGAAGAAUGCGAAGACAAAUCGCGAAUUGCAAUGAGCGUCGUCGAAUGCAAAGCAUCAAUGCUGGGUUCAUGUCGCUUCGCAACUUGUUACCGCGCAAAGAAGGCGAAAAGCUCAGCAAGGCGGCAAUUCUCCAGCAGACCGCCGAUCUCAUUCACAAUCUCAAAUCAGAAAUGAACCGUUUGUUAGAUGAUAGAGAAGAAGCCACUUCAAAAAGACGCCGACUUUCCGAUGACGCGGCGAGUGAAGAAACACGUCAAGUGAUAGAACAACUACAAAGUGCACUCGAAAGAGAACGAGGUCUUCGGGUUCUCUACGAAACUCAAUUAGCUCAGUUACCACUAACAGCAACCACGACCACCCCACAGUGUGUUUUGGCGAGUGCAGAAGAGCAAGCGAAAGUGUUGCAACGCUUUGAGAUCAAAGAGGAACUUCCAUCCACUUUGCUCACUGUGCCCACUCUCGCUCCACUUCCUUUGCUCUCAUUGGCCGUUCACUCAAACUCACCGCUCGCUAGUGCCCUUUCACCUGAGGCCACCGUUUCCGUGAUUAGACCGACACCAACAACUCCAGGAAGCAUUGAUCCCGUGUCGGCUGUGUCUCGGAUGUGCUCCACAGGCUCAUCACUGGCCGGUUCGCCGACUGUCACUUCAACGACCUCGAUGCAGCUCGGCUUUGUACCGCUGAGCAAAUCACUAACGGCAGUGACGGGAGCAAACGGAUCCCCAUCACCUCCGCAACAAUGCACUCCACCAGCAUCAACUUCAUUCCAAACAAAUCGCUCGCUUAAUGUCAUUCUUGAUGCCAUCAGGCACCUUGAAGGUGGCGGUUUUCAGGCAACAACACCUUCAACACCGACCUCGCACGCAAAUCUGCUCGUACGU